AUGGGGAAAGCUAGUGCCACGGGGACUGGCAAGGGAAAGGCCUCUGAUAUCUCGUCCGCUUUAGGUGACAGUGAUCAUUUCAGAGUCACAGACUCGACUUGCGCCACUUUAUCCACUCCGUCCACCCCCCAACAUAUGUCGCCGAGUUAUGCAGCGAGAUCAGUUUCCAGCAAGCCCCAAGGAAGCUCCAAAUCUUUCGAAUUUGUUUUGGUUACAGACACAGAGUCCAGAAAGCAGGUUCGGCGUCAUGCGAUGCGACAAUAUAUGCGCCAGCGGCGCCUUGACGGCAUUGCACGACUUGAAUCAAGCCGCGCCCAGGUUAGAAGUUGGAACGCAAAUAGUAACUCCGUCAGGGGAGCACCUCUCUCAACGCAGUCAUCGAGAAUUGAACCGCUAGAUGACAAUGAGAAGCCAGUUGAUACUAAAGAUACUUCGAGUCAUGAUGCUGUCGUUCCACCUGAACGGGACAUCUCGAAACUGCAAUAUCAUGAAGAUAUGGUUGACAAUACUAAUGAAUAUAUGAAUACGUUCCUCCAAGAGGUUUGUUCAUCAAAUCUUAAUGUAGUACCGGCUUCAGGAUAUCUAGAUCCUUUCAACAGCUAUCCGUUAAAGUUGACUAGAACUGAUCAGAAUCUAAUACACCAUUUUGUCACCACAUACCCCGUGAUGAUGUAUAAAAUGGGUGAUGCGUACCAAGACAAUCCAAUCAAGGCGAUAUUCCAUCACUUAACCUUGCAGGAUCCAGUCCCUUUCCAGGCGAUGCUAGCCAUUUCCUCAAAACACCUAGCGGGUGCGGCGGGCCAGAAUGAGUCGGUUCAAUCACUCACCCACAAAAUGCGAGCUUUGAGGCUACUAAACGAGCGCCUUCAGCACGACGUAUGUGGGAAGCAUGAUGGUACAAUUUACGCGGCUGCAACUAUGGCCGUGAUCGAAAAAUGGUCCAAGGACCUAACUGUUGAACGCAUGCAUAAUCAAGGAAUCAGGCAAAUAGUGCGACGACGAGGUGGUAUGAGUGGUGUCAAGGCCAGCAGCCCAUUUUUGGAAUGUGUCUUAUAUUGGGUCGAUUUCAGUAGCGCUCCAAGGGCUAUCGUGGGGGCUAAUCUUCCAUGGACUGGCAAUAUUCCAGACACAGUACCAUCGACUCUUCCCUAUUUGUCCCCUGAACUUCGUAUUCCUCUGAGUUCAUUCGAUCAUUCUAUGGGCACAAACCCAGAGGAAAUAUCGAGUGUAUUGCGAGCAUGUGAAGAUUUCCUGACUUUCUUCCGCUCUCUCGAUGCGUUGCAAUACUCACUUAUUACCAACGCCCUUCCUAGCCCUCAAAGUUUUCGUCAGGGUCAAGACUUUCAACCACCAAGACUUAAUCUUUUUGGCCCAUCAACACCUCUAUAUUCUAUUCUUACCACGCUCCCUGAUUAUGACCAUGGAAUUCGUGACGUUCGCUAUAUCGACGAGUAUUCUUGCAUGGCCUGUCUACUGUAUCUCAACAUCGCAUUGUAUGACCAUUAUAUAGCCUCGUACAAUUUUGACCAUUACCUCGAGUGGGUCACAUUGGAGCUCAAAAAGAUCAAUCCACAUUCAACCCCUAGCAUCUCAUCGCUGCUGUGGAUAUUCUUGGGACACGGGGGAUAUAUGUCAACCGGACCUUCAGAUAAAGGAGAGAGAAGUUGGUUUGUAUCACGAAUGUUGCGGGUAGCCAAGAAACUGGAGUGGAAACGAUCUGGGACAUUAUGGGACAAACUACGCAGUGUUCUUCUUGGAUUCUUAACGUCGCACCAAGAAUGUGGAAUCGGAAGAGACGUGGUGAGCGAAGCAGAAUCUCUCGCCCGCCAAAACCGUCGUGGCUUGCUCUGGGAUGAAGAUGAAAUGCGGAGAGAAAUCUUAGGACCUCUAUACACCGGACCUCCGGUUUAUUCUAUCGCUUCCACCUGUGCAGACCACAUACUACAGCCAUCAACACCUCCUGGUGACGUAUCAUCAGGUUUGAAAUUGUCAUAAAUCAAGCGACCAACUUUAUAUUUUCGCGGUUCUCCAUUCUCAGCAUGCUAUCAUCUUUAAUUUCACUAUCAAUAUGUCAGAUGUUUACCACGUGAGGGACAGCGGUAUGACAUGUAUAGUAUAUUAUAUUUGAUCAGCCUUCUUGUUCUAUAGCAUUUUUAUUCGCAGGAGUCCUAAAGCGACACCACACAAAAUUGUAUAUGCUUGAUGGUAACUAGCAAUUUGAUUCCCCUG